AUCAGAGAACCGAGUUGAAACCAACCGCUCUCUAAUGGAUUGAGCCAAAAUGAGUUAUCCACAAACCUGAACUUUAGCAGAGGAUAUAUACAAGGAGCUGGCCAAAAGGUUCUCUCUCACACUUUACCAUUAGCAAAGAACCAUUCUUCAAAUUUUGGGUCCGUUUGGUUGCUGAGGAAUUGAAAGAAGAGUAAAAUAGAUUUAGCUGUCCUGAUAAUCUUAGCCUUCUCUUAGCAACGAAACGACCCAAAUUGGGUUAUUGGAAGGAACUUCCCUUGGUGUCGUCGCCAUUGAUUAGUCCGUCUCACAAUCAGGAUGCAGCUAGAGGUUACGGCUGAUACUACUAACCUGAGCUAUUGGUUGAACUGGAGAGUCUUGCUAUGUGCAAUUUGGUUAUUCACACCGAUUGUUAUAGCAUUAUUAAUGAUAUGGAAAUAUGAUGCUUCAGGCCAUUUGAAAUCUGACAGGAGAGAAACUCAGCAGGAUGCAGAUCAGGAUUUAUGCGGUGAUAAAGCGUGGAAACCGUGCCUCAAAGAAAUUGACCCAAUUUGGUUGCUGAUUUAUCGAGUAACUGCAUUCUCUCUGCUUUUGGCAACACUGAUUGCCAGAGUUGUUAUCAGUGGAGGUGGCAUAUUUUACUACUAUACUCAGUGGACUUUUACCUUGCUCACCAUUUAUUUUGGGUGUGGAUCUCUUCUUUCCAUUUAUGGAUGUUGGCGGUGCAAUAAAAUCAGCAGCAUGGGUACUUCAGGCGAUUAUCAUGUUGGGACAGAUGCAGAGGAUGGAGCGUACAUUCCCCUUGAAUACCAAGAGAAAGACUCAAAUCCUGAAGAGGAAAGUUGUCUUCACCUAGCAGCAGCCAAAUGCAGUUAUGUCUUCGAAGCUAUGUUCCAGAUGAAUGCUGGGGCAGUGAUGCUUACUGAUUGCAUUUAUUGGAUCGUUAUAUUUCCGUUUCUCACCAUCAAAGAUUACAAUCUGAAUUUUAUGACCGUGAACAUGCACACAAUCAAUGCUGUUUUACUCCUUGGCGACGCAAUGUUGAAUUGCUUGCGACUCCCGUUUGUUCGGAUAUCUUUGUUCAUUUUAUGGACGGGUGCUUUUGUCAUUUUCCAGUGGACCAUUCAUGCUUUUGUAUCAUUAUGGUGGCCAUACCCAUUUCUUGACUUAUCAUCACCAUAUGCCCCGUUGUGGUACUUACUGAUGGCAUUGACUCAUAUCCCAUGCUACGCUAUCUUUGCUCUAAUUGUGGGAUUAAAACAUCACCUCUUGUCAAAAUGGUUUCCCCAGUCUUACCAGUGCUAGCUAUGUAAGAGAGAUGCACUAAAGAACCACGUAGUUAAUUUUCCCCCCUUAUCCAAAUUUGUAGUUUUUCUUCAUUCAAUUCGAUUUCUUUCUAUUUUUCUUUUAAAUUACUCUAUAUUAAUCUAAUUUAUAAUGAGGGGGAUUCGAGCUUGA